AUCCACACUCUCUUGUCGUACGCCCCACACGCAUCAAACUUGAGGGUAGCAGCGACAAUAAUGCUUCUUGGUCGUCUUCUACCUCUGUUUCUCCUUCUGGCAGUCACCUCUGCCUCCAUUGCCUACGAUGACGCCGGCCUGCCGCCGGUGAACCGGACAAGUUUCCCGGAGGGUUUCAUCUUCGGAACGGCAUCGUCGGCCUAUCAGUACGAAGGUGGUGCGGCGGAGGGGGGAAGAGGGCCAAGCAUCUGGGACACCUUCACUCACAAGCACGCAGACAGAAUCGCUAACAGAAGUAACGGGGAUGUGGCCGUGAAUUCCUACCACCUCUACAAGGAAGAUGUGCGCCUAAUGAAGGAUAUGGGAAUGGAUGCAUACAGGUUCUCCAUCUCAUGGACAAGAAUUCUUCCAAAUGGAAGCCUGAGCGGUGGAGUCAACCGAGAAGGAGUCAGAUACUACAACAAUUUGAUUAAUGAGCUUUUGUCGAAAGGGCUUCAACCAUUUGUGACCCUUUUUCACUGGGACUCGCCGCAGGCAUUAGAAGAUAAAUAUGGAGGAUUUCUUAGUCCCAAUAUCAUCAAUGACUAUAAGGACUAUUCUGAAGUCUGCUUCAAAGAGUUUGGGGACCGAGUGAAGCAUUGGAUCACCUUCAAUGAGCCGUGGACCUUCUGCUCCGUGGGCUAUGCAUCUGGUACCUUUCCGCCAGCGAGGUGCUCAUCAUGGGAAGAGGGCAAGUGCAAUGUUGGGGAUUCAGGAAGGGAGCCUUACACUGCAUGUCAUUAUCAGAUGCUUGCCCAUGCAGAAACUGUUCGGUUGUACAAAGAGAAAUACCAGGGUGUACAAAAGGGAAAGAUUGGAAUAACUAUUGUAUCACAUUGGUUUACUCCCUUCUCCCAAUCCAGAUCCGAUAUCGAUGCAGCGAGACGUGCUGUAGACUUCAUGCUAGGAUGGUCUUUGGACCCCCUCAUCAGAGGAGACUACCCAUUAAGCAUGAAAAGGUUGGUAGGAAAUCGUCUUCCGCAAUUCACAAAGGAACAAUCUAAGUUGGUCAAAGGUGCAUUUGACUUCAUCGGGCUCAACUACUACACCGGAUACUACACUGAAGACGUUCCUCCAUCCCUGAACAAGAGCUAUAACACAGACGCUCAAGCGAAUACUACUGGUGUUCGGGGUGGUUUGCCUAUUGGUCGUCAGGCAGCUUCACCUUCGCUCUACAUCUACCCUCAAGGCUUCCUUGAGCUACUACUCCAUGUGAAGGAAAACUACGGAAAUCCUACCAUAUACAUCACUGAAAAUGGCGUUGAUGAAGCCACCAACAAUAGCCUGCCACUACAGGAAGCCUUGAAGGAUGAUAUUAGGAUAGAGUACUACCACAAGCAUCUCCUUGCCCUGUCAAGUGCCAUAAGGGCUGGAGCAAACGUGAAAGGGUACUUUGCAUGGUCAUUGCUUGAUAACUUCGAGUGGAGGGAUGCCUUUACGGUCCGCUUUGGGAUAAACUUCGUGGACUACAAUGACGGAUUGAAGCGAUAUCCCAAGAAUUCUGCCCAUUGGUUUAGGGAAAUCCUUCAGAAAAAUGUCUUGUUAUGAGAAAUAAUAGACCAUCCCGAAUGACAAUUGAGUGUCCUGUUGCAUGUGUUUUGGGCCAUAUCAAAGUAGUGUGCUCGUUCGUUCUGGAAAUAAGUGUGAGUUGAGUUCGGUUCAGUUCAAGAGCAAAUUAAAUCAUGUUGAUUUGCUAGAAUAAGACAGCCGCUUGUUACAUGUUACAAUUACCUAAGAGACUCAAAGCAACUGUUUUAUCCUAGCGAUGCACAUUUUUCCACUUUGAAGAACGAUGUUAAAAUGCACCAUGGUAUAAGCAUUUGUGUGAUGAAUGAUU